AUGUUCAAUAGUCAAAAGCCCAAAAAGCCCGUUGCUGGCAACAAAGGCCCAGCGGCUCCCGCACAACGCCCUCCGUCCGGACGUCCCCCAGCUGGCCGACCUGUCCAACCCGCCCAGAGACCUGCUCAAACUGCCCAACGACCUCAGCCCGCUCAACGACAGUCACAGCCUGCCCAGAGGCCUGCCCAGCGGCCUGCUCAACGCCCAGCUGGCUAUCAACCAGUGACUGCUCCGAGACCAGUUGCAGGUGCUCCUGUUGUCGGAAGACAACCUGCUCCGAAUCAUGGAAUGCAGAUGACCCAAAUGAAGAAACCACAGCAAGCUUCCCGCCCUCCAAACAAGAAACCAGCUCCUGUUCAAGGGCAUAAAGUUGGGCCACUGAAGGGUCAUGCUCCGCAAGGUGGUGGCCGGCCAGUCCAAGGCUACCAUCCCGGCCAUCCCCAGCAUGCUUACCCCCAACAAACCCACAAGAAGAGUUCGUCAAACAUGAAGUAUGCAGCUGGAGGUGCUGCCGCCGGUGCGGCUGGUGCAGGAGCAGCCGUGUACUUCCUGAAUAACGACUCGAACGAGCCCACCUACGUGAUCAACAACUACGACAACAGUCAGGGCACAGAGAACAUCACCUAUACUGAGUACAACCAAUCUCAGUAUAACCAAUACGAAGGUGAUUACAUAGACAAUGGAGACUAUCGGUAUGAUAGCGAUGGUGAUCGCCAAUACUCUCCAAACAGUCCGGAUGACGAUAAUCGCUACUACGAUAAUGAUCACGACCAGCACGCUAAUGACACAAACUACGGUAACCAAUAUGACAGUGAUCAAGUGGAUACAUCCCAAGUGAUCAGCAAGACUAUGGCAAUGGAAACAACAAUGGUAAUGAUGGCAACGAUGACUGUUGUAGCUGCGACAGUUGCUGCGAAUGCGACAAUUGCUGCGAAUGUGAUAACUGUUGCGACUGCGAUGGCUGUUGUGGAUGCUGCGGUGAUGACAAUGGCAAGGACGGUGGCGGUGGAUGCGUCGUAA